AUAUACUGUUGUAAACCCUAGGCUGAGAAGGAGUUUGCUAAAUAUGAUAAAACUCGAGUUCAGAUUCUUCACUUGGAUAUAUCAAAGCUCAAGUCUGUUAGGAGAUUUGCGGAUGAUAUUAAAUCCAUGAAUGGCUCUGUUCAUGUGUUGAAGGUGAAUAAUGCCGGUAUACUGGAGAAGGGAGGGCGACGGGAAACUAUAGAUGGUUACGAGGCUCAUUUUGGAACAAACUAUUUAGGUCAUGUCCUGUUGACCUACCUGCUGUUAAACUUGAGGAAGGGGAAAAAAGGAUGUCAGCAGACUAGAGUCAUUAAUGUUUCCUCAUGUCAACAUAGAGUUGGAUCCUGGCUAGAUUUUGAAGACCUGAACAUGAAAAAUUCAUAUUCAAUGGAACAGGCGUAUGGGAACUCGAAGGCUGCCAUGGUUAUGUUUUCACAGAUAUUAGAGACUAAGUUUAGUGUUCCCAGUGUUUCCUUACAUCCUGGUGUAGUUUAUACAGAUAUGGCAACCAGUGAAUCUAGUUGGGUGUCUUUAAUAAGCAGGUAUCUGAUGAAGAGUAGUAAUGAAGGUGCAAGUUCUCUGGUUUACGCUGCUUUAGAUCCAAUUCUUUAUAAAGUUUCACGAGCUGGUAAAUAUUUGAAGAAUAAUCAACUUGUAAACAUUAGUUCAUUCACGGCUGCUAGGAGUAACCAAAAAAAGCUGUGGGACAAGACCUGCUGUAUGCUCAAACCUCAUUUUCAGAAAAGAUAAAUGACGAAAGAAUAUUCCAGCGAAUGACAAGUAGCAAGUUUAUGGAAGCGCUGACCCAUUAUUUCACUGAUUGUUGGGAUUGAUUGUAAAACCAAAAAUGUAGAUUCUAUGUUUUUAAAAUUAAUUUCCCGCAUUAUUUAAAUUUUUAGGAUUUUUUAUUACACCUAAUCCCCCCCCCCUCCCCCGCCAAAAAAUGCAUCUUUAUUUUUUACAACUUGUGAUAAUUAUGAUAGACUUAUAAUUCGUUUGUUAUUAAAAUUGUGAUUGCACGUAGAUGGAUGGACCUAUAGACUGAAAUAUUUGUUACUAGCUGAAGGGCCCAGCGUUGCCCGUGGAAUUAUUUUCAAUUUCGAUUUUUUUAGUCUUAAACACGACCCAUGAG